AUGGAGACCUCAAAUACCUUUGUGGGAUCAAUUGAUCAAGGCACAACGAGCACCAGAUUUUUAAUCUUCAACCGCGAAGGCGAGCCAGUAGCAUCACAUCAAGUCGAGUUCAGCCAAAUCUACCCAAACCCGGGCUGGCAUGAACAUGACCCCCUCGAGAUUGUAACCUCAGUAGAGACCUGCAUCGAAGAAGCCGUCGAGAAGUUCGAAGCGCAGGGCCACACCCGGAGCAGCAUCCAAAGCAUCGGAAUAACCAACCAGCGCGAAACAACCAUAGUCUGGGACCACAAGACCGGUGAACCCCUAUACAAUGCUAUUGUAUGGACAGACACACGGUCUCAGGCGAUCGUCGCAGAACUGAAACAGAAACCAGGGGCAUCGCAGCUCCAGACACUCUGCGGUCUGCCGCUGUCGACCUACUCGUCGGCUACGAAGCUGCUCUGGAUGUUGGCGCAUGUCCCAAGAGUGAAGGAUGCGUUUGACCGCGGCACACUGGCGUUUGGUACCAUCGAUUCUUGGCUGGUAUACCGUUUGAACGGUGGAGUGGCUGCCAACGUCUUUGUCUCGGAUUCAACAAACGCUUCGCGGACCAUGUUUGUGAAUCUGGAGACGUUGCAGUACGACGAGGCACUCCUGGACUUCUUUGGGAUCAGGGGUAAGGUUCAUUUACCUACGAUUGUUCCCUCGUCUGAUGCGACGGCGUACGGGGUUGUUGCUUCUGGGGCUUUGGCGCGGGUUCCCAUUAUGGGGUGUCUGGGGGAUCAGUCUGCGGCGUUGGUUGGGCAGAAAGGGUUCUUGCCUGGAAUGGCUAAGAACACUUAUGGCACUGGAUGCUUUCUCUUGUACAAUGUUGGCGAAAAGCCGGUGUUCUCGACACAUGGGUUGCUGGCUACAGUGGCUUACCACUUUGGUGGGAAACCUAUCUAUGCACUUGAAGGGAGUAUUGCUGUUGCCGGGUCUGGGAUCAAAUUCUUGCAGAAUAACUUGAAUUUCUUCCGUGAGUCCAAGGAUGUCAAUGACCUUGCCUGCUCGGUGGAAGAUAAUGGCGGAUGUGUGUUUGUCACUGCCUUGAGUGGGCUUUUUGCGCCUUAUUGGAUCGAUGAUGCAAAAGGGACAAUCUUUGGGAUCACCCAAUACACCCAAAAGGGCCACAUCGCACGUGCUACUUUAGAGGCAACCUGCUUUCAGACCAAAGCAAUUCUAGAUGCGAUGGAGAAAGACAGUGGCCACAGACUAUCCGAACUGGCUGUUGAUGGGGGUAUGAGUAACUCGGAUUUGGCAAUGCAGAUCCAAGCAGAUCUGAUAUCCAUCCCUGUCUACCGCCCCAAAAUGCGCGAGACCACAGCGCUCGGUGCAGCGAUUGCAGCUGGACUUGCAGUUGGACUUUGGCACAACUUUGCCGAGCUACGCGAUAUCAAUCGCUCUGGUGGUAUGGUCUUCCAGCCCCAAGUCCCGCCACAAGAGAGCGCGGAAAAAUUCGGACAAUGGGAAAAGGCUGUGCAAAUGAGUAGAGGCUGGGUGGGACCUCAGAAUGCCGAGAAGGAAGACAACUAUGGUCCGAACGAGACAUAUGUACCGUUAAAGGGUCCUGAUCUUCCUCUGCCCAAGGGAACACAGGUCUUGCAUAAUCCCUUGAUCUCGGAUGUGGCUAAGAGCUCUACAUACACCAACACUGUUAAAGGGAGGACUCAUAUUUCAGUCAAGGAAAUCCAAGUUCCAUCUCUACUCUCCAAUGUUUCGGGUGAUUUGGAUGAUGCAGACGAAGAGGAUUUGUUCUUGGAGCUGAGGAGAGUGGAGAUUUUGCAAAGACUCAGGAAGUUACGGAAGCUACAGUCAAACUUUUACUAA